GUACAUUCUGUAGACGGAGUGCCGUCACGCUGCAAGUUUUACGGAUAGCUCGGCUCCGCGAGAAACUUCAAACGUUGAUUUCACAGUGACAUAUCAACGUGUUUUCCUCUCGUAUAGGAGAUAUAUCGAUAGGGUGACUUCAGCAGUUAAUAAUAAUAUGAAUAACACACAUCACGGUGUGAAUCGUGACUGAAAACCAGCAAAGGCUUUGGAUAUUUAUUGACCUACUUGAAUAUGUUUAGGUCGGUAGACCGCCGCCGGACCGCGAGUGGCGCUUGGAUCGCGCUAAUUGUUCUUGUGCAGCUGUUAAGGCCCGCUAAAUUGCAGAAAUUUCAUUCGGAUACUAUCCAUGCAGUCAUUCGAGGUUCACCGGUCAUACAAGAAGCGACGUGGCCAUGGCAGGCUCUGGUGUUAAACGAAGGCAACGCCCACUGUGGCGGAUCCCUCAUCAACCCGUGUCACGUGCUCACGGCGAAGCACUGCGUUGAAGGUCGCGACCCUACAAAGAUGGCCGUCGUGAUGGGAGAGCACCAGCGUUCUGUGGUCGAAGGUCGAGAGCAGACGAGAAAUGUCCUCCGCUUCAUUCCACAUCCGUCGUGGGAUCUCGCCAUUCUCCAGCUUAGUGCGAGCUUCAACCUACCGGAUCGCGUGCGUGCUGUCAAAAUAAAACUUCGCCUAUCAGACACAGGGUCUGAACUGAAAAUUGAGACUGAUUCUAAGAACAGGCGCAAUUAUAUGUCUGCGUUCACGCCGCGCGUUGAUCAAUAG